AUGUCGUCAAAAUCAACCAAAGAUGCGGCGGUAAUGAAGAUUGGAAGAGACGGGAAUGUAACCCUCUCAUAUCUGUUACUCACAAAGAGUAACUACUCGAUGUGGGAGUUGAAGAUGCAGGUAAACUUACAAGUACAAGAAGUGUGGAAAGUCGUGAUGCUCGACGAGAUCGACAAACGAAAUAAUAGAAUGGCUCUCGCUGUCAUCUAUCAAGCACUCCCUAAGGACGUCCUUCUUAUGGUGGCUCAGAAGGGUUUCGCCAAGAUAGGAUGGGAGACGUUGAAGACAAUGCAUGUUGGAGUGGAGAGAAUCAAAGAGGCAAAAGUGAAAACCUUGAAUACACAAUUUGAGGUGAUUCGCAUGAAGAAUGGGGAAUUGGUAGAUGAUUUCGCCACAAAAUUGACAUUCAUUGUGACUGGUAUCCGCUCGUUGGAAGAGAAGAUGGAGGAGAUAUCCGUCAUCAAAAUGUUCCUUAGAGCCUUAUUACAAAUAUACAUGCAGAUUGUUACAACAAUCGAGCAAUUUGGUGACAUCAAGAAUAUGACCAUCGAGGAGAUCGUUGGUCGUCUCACUGUCACGAGGAGAGACUUCAUAGCUAAGGAGACAAAGAGGAGGAGAACCUAUUGCUCAUGCAUGAUGAAGAAUAUCACGAAUGAAGAAAAACGGAAAAGCCAAUUUUUCUUAUAG